GCUGAACCCAGACCCACAAAUUCUACCGCCACGGUUAACCAUGCUCCCGCCACAAAAACACCCGUAGUCGCGCCGCCGGUUGCAGCACCCACCGCACCACCCACCACUGCACCAGCAACCACAGAGAAUAAUGUUAUAACUACCACUAACAAUACUACUAACAAUACGGCUGCUGCUGAAAGCUCUAAAGAAAAAGAAAAAGUUCCUACCAUUUCUAGAUCUCAGAGAGCUGGGCUACAGUUUCCUGUAGGCCGUAUUCAUCGUUAUCUGAAAAAGCGAACGCUCAAUAAUGCACGUGUUGGUGCUAAAGCCGCAGUAUAUUCCGCCGCCAUUUUAGAAUACCUUACAGCCGAAGUGCUCGAAUUGGCAGGUAAUGCUUCAAAGGAUCUAAAAGUGAAACGUAUUACACCACGGCAUCUACAGUUAGCGAUUCGCGGUGACGAAGAAUUAGAUACACUGAUUCGAGCUACAAUCGCAGGAGGUGGUGUGUUGCCG